AUGUCGUUUUUCCAGCCAGUAAUAUUGACCCAUAAGAAAAGAAAGAUCAAAGAAAGCAAUGAUUUUCUAUUCGACUUUAAAGUUUUGAGCUCUGGAAAUGACAAGGGAUGUGUCAAGUCGAUAAGCAUUUGUAGCAAGUUCAUUGCGAUUGGUUGCAGCAAUGUGGUCAUCCUGAACAGCAUAACCGGAGAGAGAUUAAAUAAGAGGUACCAGUGCCAAGAAGGUAUUACAAAAUUGAAGUUCCGAGAUGCCGAGAUGCUGGGAGUUGGGUUAGAAAAUGGGAUCAUAGAACUCGUAGGAAUAUUUUGCUUUGGAAGAAUAAAAAGCCUGAGUGGGCACAAAGCAGCAAUUAAUGAUUUAGUCUUUAACUCCAAUUUUCAAACCUUAUAUUCUUGCUCUCGAGAUUUUACCAUUAAAAUAUGGAACAUAUGGGAAGGCAUCUGUGAGCGUACGUUAGAUUACCACAUUGACAAUAUAACGAGUAUUUGUUUGCAUACGUUUGAUGGAAGUGAUGGAGAUCCCCAUCUAAUCAGCUGCAGCUAUGAUGGUUAUGUGUAUGUAUAUAACUUAAGUUUGAAGAAACAGGUGAAGCAGAUAGAGUUAGACGAACCAGUUGACUGCUUAAAUAUAUUUCAAAAUAAUUACAUCGUUUUAUCGGUGAAGAAUGUAAUUAAAUUUUACAAACUGGAGAAUCUCGAAUUUGUGAAAAAUGUGAUAAUUUCAACCAAGACUUGUUUUUAUUUGGGGAACUUUAAGCAUUACCUUGUGGCCGCCAGUCUGGAUUUGUCCAUCUAUUUCGUGGAUCCCUUCUACAAGGGCAUGAAAAGAAUAAAAGUCGUGAGCAUUGCUAAUUUUUUGAAUGCCCCUAAAUCGGUUGACUUUUCAGAUGGAGUACUAGCACUGGGAGAAAUGAAUGGCAAAUGGCUUAUCGAGGUGUACAACGAGAAGGUGAAACAGAAAAAACAGAAGCGUAAGGAGAGCGACCUUCUGGUGGAUAUUCCGGAGGUGAUUUAUUUGUUCUCUAACUCAGAGAUAAACAACUACCUAAAGAAGUUCAAAUAUCAUGAUGCCCUGAUGCUGGUGAUAAAGAAAAACCCCGAAGCAACGCUGUCUCUGCUGGACUACUUCUCGAAACACAAAGUUAUGAUCCCCGCAUGUCGAACCUACUCCAUCGAGGACACCAUCAAAGUUUUAACUUUUUUCAGAAAAAAAUUCGUAAUGGACGUGUUAAUGUUUGAGUUUUUCUUUUCCUUUUUCCACGUAAAUAAGUGGAUUGCCACUACGAGGAAUGCCAAGGUGUUGGACGAGCUGAACCUCUUGAAAAGGGGCUUUGAGAACACGCAGAAUUUUAUGAAGUAUUAUCAUAAUUUAAAAGACAUCGCGGAUUUUCUGAAGAGUUAA